AUGGGUUUGAAUCACCGACGAGGCGGGUGGGACCGAGUGAUCUAUCUCCACAAUUCCUUGCCGGGAUCGCAGCAGGAAGGGUGCAAGAUUCUCUAUCUGGAUUCAGAUGCCUUCUGGCGCAGUGGCCAGUUACAGCUGCAGCACAUGCUGGAGCAUCUGCUUAGCCGAUACCAGCUGCCGCGUGACUGUGGAACUUCCGCCAUCUUUGCGCGAGAACAGCCCAUGCAGUACUUGAACAUCACCCGCAGCGCAGUACCCCCUGGGGAAAAGCCGCUGGCACCAUUUCUGAAUGCAGGUGUCUUCCUCUUGCGUGCUGACUGCCCAGAAGCCCUGCAGCUAUUGGACGCUUGGUUGCUGGCAGCUGCAGAGGUACCAAAGAAGAGGCUCUGGAACACCUGGCCUGCGGAGCAGGGAAUCCUGUCGGAGCUUUUGGUGCCUGGGAGUUAUCCUCCAGCCGCCACUGGGACCAAGUUUGAAGGGUCCAAACCAGGUCACGCGGUGGCCAUUGUGAACAUGACAGAAUUCAACAGCCCUUGGGGUCGCUUCAUUCAUCAUGCUUGGGGUAGCGAGGCCACCGAUGGCCUACUUCGACACCAGGCCAUGACAGAUGCCUUGCUUCGGAUCGGAGCGGCGGAUCCCAAGGCUCUGCCGUGGUGUGCUGCGCAGCUCUUUCUGGUGGCAGCGUGCGAGCCCCAAGUCAAAGUGACAUUGCUGAACCAGGAAAGGAAGGCGGUUUGUUCACGACAUGGCAAACUGGCCGUCGUGACUUCUGGGCCCAAGCCAAGCAGAUGCGUUUGCACCACAAAUAAGAAGCAAGAAGCCAGCACACCUCAAGCGUUUCACAUUUGCAUCAUGGCGAUGGAUCAAAUUGAUGCAGAGAAAAUAAAAGAAGCCAAACUUGAGCUCUUCAGGGCGGUUCAGAAAUCUCCCAAACUUUUAGCCACAGGGCAACGAGCAAAGGCACCUAGUGCUGCGCAGGAGACACUGAAGGCCAUCAAUGUGGCAGCCAACAAACUCUUAUCAAAGAGCGAUGCAGACCUAGAUGAAUUGACCUCUGUGCUAUCUCAGUUGGAGGAGGCUCAGCUGUGGGUGCUUGACCCCGGCUCUUCCAAGUCUCAGGAGGGGGUCGAUGUCAUCCGUGCCAAGUUGCAGAGGUUCCAGGCACUGGUUGAGAACUCCCAGUCCGUGGAAGGCUUGAGCAAGAAAGAGAAGAAGGGAGAAGCUGAAAAGCUGCGGAUCGAGCUGCUAGGUCAGUUGGUAGCACCUCAAGACGAAGAACGAAGGAUGCUGCAGGACGAGUUCAGGGAUUUGUGCGAUGAACUGGAUCGUAGAAUUGCACGAGCAAGGCUUCGAAGACGGUCGCUCAGCAGCCAGGAGGAGGAGCCGGAGAGGUUGCGCAGACGUGACAGCGUCCUUGGAUGGCUGCCAGAGCCUAAGGUCGACUGCCCGGGAGACAGCCCCAAGACAGAGAGUUGUCCCACCCAACCCCUGAGUUUCAUCUUGACUAAGAACUGGCCAUUGGCUUAUGCUACCAGUUUCUGUUUGCAUGCUGUUGCCGAUGCCCCCAAAGUGUUGCCCUCCGUGGGAGUAUGCAUCACAGCCACAAGGAGCCCGGCUCUCAGCGCCUUGCAAGAUGCAAUAACGCAUGCCCACAAUCCCAGCGGCUCAGAUAGCUCAGUCGAUCAUUCUUUCGAGGUACAGUACUCCCCAUCUCAGCUGGCCCUUUCAGCACGGGGCCGCGCCAUGGUUCGGGGCAAGCUCCGGCGCCUGCCCCGGCAACGCGAAGCGCCUCCGGAGCGAUGGGAAAUGGCCUUCCGACGCUUCGCCAAGGGAGACAUGGUCAGACCAGAUGCUGCUGGAAGUUUGUACCACGCGCUGCUGCGCAUCGCCGGCCACGUGGAAGUGGACGACGAGUUGGUGAAAGGCUGCUCGAAGGAGCUGGAAAAGAUGAAGAUGCUAUCCCGUGUCUAUGUCUUUGAUUUCUUCAAGCUGUACGAAGAAAAAGUACUGAAAGGCUUAGAAGCAGCUUUCCUGAGCCGGGCGCAUUUCGGUGCGGCGCAGCUGCGCCAUGUGCAGGACAUGAUCAAGGAAGCAGGCUACAUCAUCACGCCCGAGGAUUUCCAGGAACUGCUAGAUGAGGCGGCUAGGUAUUUGGACAUCCCUGAGAAGAAGGGUGUGGCCAAGACUCUGGAUCUCUCGGUGGUGACCUUCAUCAUGGACGCCCUGGCAGACAGGGAGGGCUUCACCAACUCCCAAUUCGAGCGCUGCAAGAAGAGCUUCGAACACUUCGAUGUCAACGGCAAUGGUCGAUUGGAGGACGAUGAGCUGAUUCCCUUAACGACCUGGUUGGGAUUUUGUUCCGAGGACGCCAGCGACCUGGUGCGCCAGGCGCAGGAACUGGUGCGCAGUACAGCCCAGCGAGAGCUCGAGUUGAUUCCUGAAGAUGGCGAUUAUCCGCCUCCUGAUCUCAGUGGUGCAUUGGCUGGUCAUUUGGAUUUUACUGACUUCCUCCAGAUGCUGAGGAAUCACAUGAACCAGGACUACACUCGAACCGGGCAACUGUUCAAGAAGUUGGACGCUGACAAGGACGGUCGUUUGGACAUCUUAGAGCUGCGCCAUCUCUUCCAACAGCUGCAGUUUGAGCUGCGACCUGAGGCCUUGCUGGAAUCCAUGGUGAGCCACGAGAUUCUCUCGGAGCGAUUCUCGUUUCACCAGUUCCGACAAGUUUUGGAAUACUUGCGGGAUGUGGAAGGUUUCAGUAAAUCCUACUUCGACGAUGCCAUCGGCUCCUUUUGGCACUUCGAUGUGAAGCAUCAAGGACUUCUCUCCACACGACGGACGCAGAAGGCCAUCCAGUGGAUUGGUUAUGGCUUGGGCAUGAGCGUGUUCGGGUCCAAGAGUGACUGGAAAGAGCGGCUCGUUCGCGGCGUCGUUUCGGAGACGGAGUUCCUACGCCUCUGCCGCGAGCACGAGGACGCAGAGCUGGCCAUUUGGCGCACCGUCUACCGGAAGUACGCGGCCAACCAUGGCGCCGGUCUGCGCCGGGACAACCUGCAGACGGCCUUGAAGAUGGUGAAAGUAGGAUAUGAGUCCCUCUACCCAGGUUGGUUGAAGAAGCAGGCGACCUUGGGAAAGGAGUUGGACUUUGAGGAGUAUUGCAAGGUCCUCCAAGACUUUCGGUACAUGUACCGCGACAUCUACAGGAGCAAUUUCUGUUUCACACCCAGAGAGGUGAAAGCUUAUGAAGAAAGUUUCAAAAAGUAUGGCCUGGACAGUGCGGGACGCUUGCCUCAAAGCAAGCUGGCAGAUCUCUUCGAGUCGAUCUAUCCAGCUUUGAAGUGGGAUCCUACACUGAAAAACGCCCUGCGGCAAUCCAUUCGGAAGCAGGACGCCCAAGCAAAGUUUGUGGACUUCCCGGCCUUCCUCCGUGCACUGCGCGCCUUUGAAGACGCUGAAGCGGAGCUGUUGGAUCAGGAUGCAGCCAAUGUGGCCAAGAGCUUUGGCUUGUCGCCGGGCGAGGCGGAUGACUUCAUGGAUGCCUUCCACCUCUGUCGCUGUGGAGGGGCCGCAGGCGUCAACGCCAUUCCCAGUGCAACGAUGAGAAAGAUCUUGUACUGUGAGGCUGCCCAGGGUCCUAUGACCUUCCAGCAGGAGACGGGGCUCUACCAGAUCUUUCAGCAGCUCUUGGGGCCUCCAGGCCCCUUGCGCCUGGAGAAUUUUCUGCACCAUGUGCGGCGGCUGCGGGAGGUCCCAGAAGCCGAUCUUGCGGCGGGGAAGUACCGGAAGGUGGAGCAACAUGUAGCACCUCCUCCCCCGAGCGAUGGAUGAGCCAAGGGCAAACUGUUAAGGUUACAUCCAUAUGGAGGUUUCCUAAAAU